AUGUCUCCGUCCCCCAAAUACCAGACCCAGGUGUCGGGCAGUGUCGAAAACGGGGACUUUCAACUUUCAUUUGCAGCAGAUAAUGGCAGCCCUAUUUCUCCAUGGCAUGAUAUUCCACUCAUGGCAGACUCCACGGAGCGAAUAUUCCACAUGGUAGUGGAGAUACCAAGAGGAUCUCGCCCAAAAAUGGAGAUUGCCAAGGAGGUGCCUGGGAACCCUAUUAAACAAGAUAUGACUUGGGAAGAUCCAUCAACGAUUGACUCGGAGACCAAUGCAAAUGGAGACGACGACCCCCUUGAUGUUUGUGAGAUAGGCUCGCGAGUUUCUACCGUUGGGGAGGUCAAGAGAGUCAAAGUGCUCGGAGCGUUUGUAAUUAUCGACCAAGGCGAGACCGACUGGAAAGUGGUAGCUGUGGACGUUGAGGAUCCUCUAGCAACCAAACUAAACGAUAUUUCCGAUGUCGAAGCCAAUACUCCUGGGUUUAUGGCUUCCUUGAAAAAUUGGUUCUGCAUGUACAAGGUCCCCGAAGGAAAGAAAGCAAACACUCUACCUUUGGGGCAAACAGAUAAAACCCAAAGUUACGCGUUAGAUCUGAUCGAUCGCUGCCAUAACGAAUGGCACAGCUGUCGAAGACGGCUUUUGGAGCGAAGCCACAAAAGCGAGUCGAAGCCGGAUGUUGAUAUUUCAGAAGAAUCUUCUGCGUAA